AAAAAAAAAAGAAAAAAAAGAAAUAGUGAAACGGAAGCUAAGCUGAGAGUCAAAAUCCGAUUCCCAAAUGUAAAGCCAGUUUUUUUUUAAGGCCCUGAGGGUUAAUUUUGCAUGAAGAACGUUCUGUUCAUUGCGUUUCACGCUUUCUGUUCCUGCUUAAUCCUUACUCAAACGACAAUCAGAACAAUACAUUACAAUAAUCCGUAAUCCGCCUCCAACCCUUUGCGCCUGAUUUGGAGGGGGACGAUCCAGCGGACUCUAAGAGCUUUGCAUUUUUUCGACUUAAUUGCUUCAAAUCCAAUUACACGAGCCCAUUGAAUCUUUCGGUGUUAUUGACAAGGUUUGAGUGGUGAAAAUAACACCCACACUUUCCAUUUAAUCUAUGUUUGGAAAUCCAGUGGCAGUUCCUGCCAAUAGUAGUCCACAUUUAAGAAAAUCUGGAAGCAGACCUGUAGUAUCGGAUUUGGAAUAUUUGUCUGGUACCGAGACAGGAAAUGGUGUGGAUGAAACUUUGUUGCAUUCAAUGGAGGUCGAUGAUUUGAAGAGUACUAUAUUAACAAUGAAUCCUGUAGCCAUAGUUCCAUCUCCUAUUUUGUUAUGGAGAUUCAAGGUUUUCUUGUUCAUCUUCUGGGGUUUAUUUUGUUGCAAGAUUGGCUGGGAUUCUGUUAUGAGAAUGAGUGCAGACCUGCGAGACCUAUUUCUUUAUGAAGCGUUUCUUUAUUAUAAUCCUCUUCUUCUGGUGACUAUGAUGGUUUGGCUGUGGGGAAUUAACUUAUGGGUUUUUUCCCAGUCCAACGUUAAUUAUGCAAAGAUAUUUGAACUCGACCAGAAUCAUCUAACUCACCGAGAGAUUUGGAAGUGUGCCACGUGGAUGACUAUUGUUGUCCCAACUAGCAUGACAGCCUACCUCUAUCUUUAUUCUCAUGGAGAAGUAUCACUAGCUGCAUCACAACCAGUUCUCUUAUAUGUUGCUGUUGCAAUGAUUUUGAUUUUCCCUUUUGAAAUAUUUUUCUUGUCAUCUCGAUUUUUCUUAUUAAGGACUCUCUGGCGAAUAGUUUUCCCCUUGCAGGCGAUUACAUUUGCUGACUUUUUUCUAGCUGAUAUUCUGACGUCAAUGUCAAAGGUUUUUUCUGAUUUGGAAAGAUCAGUGUGUCGAAUGAUUCACCGACAGGUUGCCACCAUUGCAUGGUUUGAAGCAGAUUCUGUUUGUGGAAGUCACUCUGUUGCAAUCCCUGUGGUCCUUGUCUUGCCUUAUCUUUUUCGUUUGUUCCAAUGUCUUCGGCAAUAUAAGGAUACAGGGGAAAAACCAACACUUCUGAACGCUUUAAAAUAUUCAACCGCAGUACCAGUAAUUUUCCUUUCUGCCCUUAAAUACCAUGUCUUCCCUGAUAAAUGGACCAGCUUUUAUCGGCCGCUUUGGCUGCUGUCUAGUGUUCUAAACUCAUCAUACUCAUUUUACUGGGAUGUGAAACGCGAUUGGGACUUGAGCACUUUCACCCGGAUUUUCAAGUUCAACCGACCACACUUUUUCUCACAUCUCUUUUAUGGCCGGAAAUGGGUUUACAUUUGGGUGCUUGGAAGUAAUCUGAUAUUGCGGUGUACGUGGACGUAUAAGUUAUCUGCUCAUCUUCGACACAAUUACCUUACAGUCUUCACGAUCACUGCAUUAGAGAUCUUCCGAAGAUUCCAAUGGAUUUUCUUCCGAGUUGAAAAUGAGUGGAACAAGAUGAACUCGAAGUCGAACAUACAAAUUACAAUGAGUAAUCUCCCAACCGAGGAAGACAAAUUACUCAACUCCAGUAACCAUAAUGUUUAAAUUCUUCAUUGGCAAUUGAUUUUUGCAUUAUUGAGGUAUAAUAUAGCUCUUAUGUGGAGAAAGGUUUUUGUAUGUAUGAAUGCUUUUGUUUUGAAUAAUUGUUAUCAUUAAUCAAUGAGGAGGGGUCCCUUUUCUGGAUUAA